UCACAGAACUCUCGCGAGAACUCGGUGGCUUAACGCGGCGGCGGACACGGAGAUGGAGAGAAAUGAGGUCUGAAAAGGACCAGAUGACGGUGGGGAAGGAGAAAAGCGUCGUCGAGAUUCAGUUCAGGGACAUCCCAAGGGAGCAGGAGAACACCCCCGGUAACCCGAAGCAGAAGGAGGAGAAGAAGGAGGUUUUCACGAAGGUGGUGAUCCGGAGGCUUCCACCCAGCCUGUCAAAGGACCAGCUAGAAGAACAGCUCAGUCCACUUCCAUCAUACGACUAUUUUGAGUUCUUCGCCGCAGAUCAGAGCCUCUAUCCACACCUGUUCUCCAGAGCUUAUAUCAAUUUUAAAAACCCUGAAGAUAUCUUGCUCUUUAGGGACCGAUUUGAUGGCUACGUCUUCAUUGACAACAAGGGCCAGGAGUACCCUGCAGUCGUAGAGUUUGCCCCCUUCCAGAAGAUUUCUAAGAAGAAGCUAAAAAAGAAAGAUGCCAAAGCUGGAAGCAUUGAAGAAGACCCAGAAUAUAAGCGGUUCUUGGAGAAUUAUUCCUGUGAUGAAGAGAAAUCCAUGGCCAACCCUGAGACUCUGCUGGGGGAGAUAGAGGCCAAGACCAGAGAGCUCAUAGCCAAGCGGACGACCCCGCUGCUGGAGUACAUCAAGAACAAGAAAAUUGAGAAACAGCGAAUAAGAGAGGAAAAGAGAGAGGAGAGGAGAAGAAGAGAGCUCGAAAAGAAACGGCAGAGGGAAGAGGAAAAGAGAAAGCGACGAGAGGAGGAAAGACGCAAGCGAAAAGAGGCCGAGAAGCAGAAGAAGUUGUCUGAUAAAGACAUUAAAAUCAAGCUCCUGAAGAAGAGCGACAGGGACGAUGACGUGGAUUCAGACCGCAUGAAGGACAAAAGUGACACUGGAGAGGCAGACAGAGGAAAAUGGGAGAAAACUGGAGGACAAAUGAAGUCGAAGGAACCCAAAGAAAAAGGUCAGCCUGAGAGCGACAAAGAGCAGCGGGAGCAGCACGGACGCAGGCAAAGAGACAAGGACCACCGUGGGAAAGACGAAGAGAGAAAACGUCAGCGACACCACUAUGAGUUUGACAAGUUCAUGCGCCGGAAGGAUGAGACCAAAUGGGGGAAAGGCUACUGCCAGGACCGAGCCAAGAAGGAGGGCCACCAUCAUGGCUAUUCUUACUGUCCCGACAGUGGAGACAAAAUGGGAAAGGAGGACAGGGAGGACCUGGGUAAUAGGAAGGAACGCCUCCGAAACAAGGUGAGCGAGAAGGACCGUCCAGCCAUGCAGCUCUAUCAGCCCGGCGCCCGCAACAGGAAGCGAAUGAGCUCAGCGGGCAAAGGUUACGACUGCAUCCCCGUGGGCCACUCACCUGAAACGGAGCACUGCUACGAGGUGGUCACCAUGACAACCGGCCUGGAGAAGGGAUUUGAGAAGAGCAAAGAGGAGCAGUGAGCGUUCAGCCCAAGUCGACGGUGACCAGACUAACACACCCCACUGAGGCAGUAAGGCGCUUCACAGGCAAGCAGUCUUUAGUAGCUUUCAUCAUGAUUAGGUGUAAUAAAAUCCAAACCUUUAAAUGUUGGGCAAGUUUUUUUGUUGUUGUUUUUGCUGGGACAUGAAAUUUUGACUAAAAAGUGGGGCAAAAUUAGCCUAGCCGCGCUAGACAACCCACGGCAACGAAUUUAAUUCUCUGCCAGGGUGGGUCUAGUUACCCUCCAUAAGGCUCGAGGCUGGAUUCUCCUAAAACUGGCCGGACCAAUCACCAUGAAGUGUAGAGUCAGAAGGCGGCGUAACUAAGUGACGACAGAGGCGUGACGAUUCUGACAGAAACAACCGGCGCACAAUAAACGGUUAUCUUUCGACUCGGCUUUGGCCACAGCCCUUAAAGAUUUGAAGCUAAAAUUCAACUUGAAAGAUAAACAAAGGACGGCACUGAAGUGUUUCAUUGAGAAGAAAGACGUAUUUGGACUGAUGCCGACGGGAUAUGGUAAACCCUUAAUAUACCAGUUGGCUCCGCGGCUCCGCUGGUUGGGAAGCUAAUGGGACUUAGCCACUAUCCGCCGGUGCUCUCGGAACUACGUCAGCCUAUUCGUUGCGUUGAUUGGUUGUAUACCUACCCAAUUGCUGCAGAGGGAUUUGAUAGACAACCUUUUAGCCCGCCUCCCUCCCUGUCGAGCUUCCCUAGACCCUUGUGCCGUCAGAAACAUGGGUGUAGCAUGGCUAGGCUAGGGCAAAAUGACAGCAACUACCAGAAUGAUAGCACAAUGAUUAGCUCAGUUUGUCCCCAUUUCUAGUCACACUUUCUCAGUUCUGAUUCACAAAUUGGCAUUGAAUUUUUUAUUUAUUGAAGUUGCUACCUGCUAGCUAGUUUUUGACACAGCACUCGAAGCAGUCAUUCCUUCUGGUGUGUUUCUGAAGUGUGACCCUGUAGGAGGCAACUCACUUGUCAACAGUUGGUGAAAACAUAACCUCGUCUUCUGCAAGAGAUUUCUUUUCUAAGCCUUUAUACUAGACUCUGCUAAACUUGGGUGUUUUUAUUGAGCCUAUAGAUUUUAUUAAAACUAAAAUAAUGUAAGUAGAACUUAUGGACGGUGGAUUUAAAAUAAAAAUGUAAGAGGGGAAAUUGCCUGUGUGAAUGAGAAGAAGAGUGAUGACUGCUUAGGAGGCCAGUGCUUCAUGUCUAUAUGUCCUGUGUCUUGACACAUUUGGUCUGACUCAUCCUGAGGUUUCAUACACAGAGAGAGGAUUUUUUUUUGUGAGUAAAGCUUUGUAAAUGAAUGCGCCCAUGAGCCAGGAAGAACAGAUUCUCUAUGUUUCUAAAAAGCAUUUUCAAGAAACUAAUGGUAAAACUGCAAAGUUGGGGAAUAUAAUUAAUUUUCUAUGAUGUUUGCAUGAUUUUAUAUUAAUGAUGUCAAAUAAAUGUACUAAAAAAAAAACACAAUUAUUAAUUAAUGGAGUGAAACAGUCAGUGAAACAAGCCUUAUUAUUUUUGCAUGUUAUCCAGCAUUUGUCUGUAAUACCUCUUGUGUCAUUUUGUGUUUUUUCCCCUUAACUUGUGAGACAAUAAAGCUUUUUUUUUUCCAUUUGAA